GGCGGGGACGGCUCGGCUCGGCUCGGCUCGGCUCGGCUCGGCUCGGCACCGCACCGCACCGCACCGCUGCACUGGCACCGGCCGCUCCCCCGGUAACAGGCCCCCGUAGCGCCACCGAGAAACAGAACCGGGGCGGGGGAGGGGGGAGCGAGCAUCCUUCCUCCGCCCGCGCCGCGGCUGGCACCGGCCCCGCUUCCAUCUUGCAGCAGCACCGGGGGGAGGAGGGGAACCGAGGAAGGGGGGCGGCGGGAGGCCGAUGCGCCGGAGCCGCCGCCCCCGCAGCGGUGGAGGCUGGGCCGCCGGCCCCGGUGCGGAGACGUGACCGGAGCGGCCGGGCUGCGGCGGAACCGGCCCCGGGAGCCGCCGCGUGUACCGCCGUAGCGGCCGGGCAGGCCGGCCCCGGCGCCGGCCGUGAGAGCGGCGCUAUGGGGCCGCCGCGGCGCCGGCCCUGACACCGUGGGAACCGAACCGAACCGCGCCGUGACACCGUGGGAACGGGCCGGGCCGCGCCGUGCCACCGUGGGAGCAGGGCCACCACCACCCCGUGAUACUGGGCCAGCGCCAACACACCGUGCCGUGCCACCGAUCGAGUGGGGCCAUACCGUGCCGUGCCACCAAGCGAGUGGAGCUGUGCCGUGGCACCGGCCAAGGGACAUCGCGCCGUGCUGUGCCCCCCCACUCCCACCGUCGAGGGUGCCACGUCGCCCCGCCAGCGUGGGGCCACCACCAUGCCGGCAACCCCCCCGUUUCCCCCAGCGUGAGGCCGGCGGCCGGACCAUGCGCGGUGCCGGGAGGGCGGCGGCAGCCCUGCUGCUGCUGGCAGCCCUGGCACCGGCGGGGAGCGGCGCGGUGGCCGGGUGCCCCCCGCGCUGCGUCUGCGCCUCCAACAUCCUGAGCUGCUCGCAGGCGGUGCUGAGCGGCGUGCCGGCGCCGCUGCCCCGCUUCACCGCCGUCCUCGACCUGAGCCACAACAACGUGAGCCGCCUGCGGGCCGACUGGGCGCCGGGGCGCCUGGCCCACCUGCACUCGCUGCUGCUCAGCCACAACGGCCUCACCUUCGUCUCCACCGAGGCCUUCGCCCACGUGCCCCACCUGCGCCACCUGGACCUCUCCUCGAACCGCCUGCGGGCCCUCGACGAGAACCUCUUCAGCGACCUGGCCGAGCUGGAGGUGCUGCUGCUCUACAACAACGAGAUCGCCGCCGUGGACCGCACGGCCUUCGAGAACCUGGCGCGCCUGCGCAAGCUCUACCUGAGCCAGAACCACAUCGCCCGCUUCCCGCUGGAGCUGCUCAAGGAGGGCACGCGCCCGCCGCGGCUGGCGCUGCUCGACCUCUCCGCCAACCGCCUCAAGAGCCUGCCCGUGGCCGAGCUGCAGGGGCUGCCCGCCUGGCUGCGCGACGGCCUCUACCUGCACGGCAACCCGCUGGGCUGCGAGUGCCCCCUCUACGAGCUCUUCGCCCGCUGGCACCGGCGCCAGCUCAGCGCCGCGCUGGAUUUCCAGGAGGAGCUGCGCUGCCUGCUCCCGCCGGCCAAGAAGCCCGUGGGCAUCCUCGCCCUCGGCAGCCCCGAGCUGCUCAACUGCAGCGAGGCCAAGGAGGCCGUGCUGGAGGCCCACCUGGGCGAGACGGUCACCCUGGGGUGCGACACCCGCCUGCGGGCCGUGAGCGCCCGCGAGUGGCUCACGCCGGCCGGCGAGCGGCUGCUGGAGGAAGGGGGCAACGGCAGCGCGGCGCUGCUGGCCAACGGGAGCCUGCGCCUGCGGGCGCUGCGCCCGGAGGACGGCGGCACCUACGCCUGCUCGGUGGCCGGCCCCGUGCUCAACGAGACGCUCUACGUGGAGCUGCUGGUGCACAACUUCACGUUGCACGGUCCCCACGACACCCUCAACACCGCCUACACCACGCUGGUGGGCUGCAUCCUGAGCGUGGUGCUGGUGCUCAUCUACCUGUACCUGACGCCGUGCCGCUGCUGCUGCCGCGCCGGCGACAAGCCGGCCGCCCCGCGCGACGACAGCAUCAACUCCUCCGUGCUCAGCGCCACCCCCAACCACAGCGCCGAGGCGCCCAAGGAGCCCUUCGGGCCCCGCUCGGCCUCCGCCGCCGCCGCCGCCCGCGGCCAGAACGGCAAGUUCAAAGCGGGCGGCGGGACCGAGCCGGCGCCCAAGGAGGGGCCCAAGGCGCCCAGGAAGAUGUCCGAUCCGGAUUCGGUCAGCUCGGUGUUUUCCGACACCCCCAUCGUGGUGUAGGAGCCGGGACGGCAAAGGGACGUUUUCCCGGCGGGCAGCACCCGCCGCCCCCGCCCGAUCCCGCCGGCGCGUUCGCCGCCGUCGAAACUU